AUGACCCGAUUCAUGUUGAUAUUCCUCUCGACAAUGUUGGUACUUUUGGGUCCUAAUGAAGCCACCUCCAUGACUGGCGGCUGGCGGCCGGUCAACAACUUGAAAGAUCCGGUGUUGGUCGGUGUUGCAAAACGUGCAUUAACACAGCACAAUGAAGACGCAAAUACAACUUUGAGUUUGGUCGGUGUAAUAAAGGGUGAGCAACACAAGGAAUAUAUCAAAGACAUGACCACCAGCUACAGGUUGAUUCUGUCCGUCAACAACGGUAGAAUUUUUGGUGCGGAUGUGUCGGAUGAAUUUAUUAAGCUUCCCACAAAACAUCACGUUACGAGAAUCAAUUCCUUUGUAGAAAUAUUUGACCAUCAAGGAUACACGACAUUUCCCUAA